AUGGUCAAGACCAUUUCCGAGGAUCAGGAUGAGGAAGAAAGAUACACUGUGACCUACACCAGUGCACAAAUCUGUGGUCUUAACGGAGCAUCAGUUGUCCUGCCCUGCAAAUAUGAAUAUAGAGAAGCUGGUGACUAUGAUGCAGGGGAGUGGUACGAAGAGAAGAGAGGAGCAGUAAAAGAACACAGAGACUACAACUACCCCGAUUGCAGUCUGGAAAUACAGGAAGUGGCAGAGGAACACGCUGGUGUUUACCACUUCCGCUUUCACACAGUUCAACACCAGGACUGGAUUACAGAAGGAUCUGGAAUGACAUUGUCUGUUACAGCAUUGGAGAUAAGAAUGACACCUGAUAAAGUAACAGAAGGUGAAACAGUCACUCUGACCUGUAACACCACCUGUUCCCUGAGUAACCCAACCUUUACGUGGUACAAGAAUGGCCAACCACUCACCUCUAACCACACAACCAGAGACAACACACUGCUGUUAAAGCCAGUCAGCAGUGAGGACUCAGGCAAUUACUCUUGUGCUGUUGGAGGACAAGAUAACCUCAACUCCACCAUUUGGAUUCUCAAUGUCAAAUCUAAAGAGUCCAGAGGUGCUUCAUUGUUCCUGCCAGUGCCAGCUAUUAUUGCCAUAGUGAUAAUUCCUGUUGUCUUGCUGAUAUUUGGAGCUGUGUGUUUCAGGAGAAGACAAGAUAAUGCACAGGAGGACCCUCAACACAUUUAUGAAAAUGGAAACAUUUAUCAAAAUGUUGUACGCCCAAGAAGAGAGACGCCCCAGGCAAGCAAGGAAUUCAAGGUCAUCCGGAUGAGAAACUAACAAGAGACAUGGUUGUAU